UCCACGUCUCAUUUCUGGAGUGAAAAUAGGGUCCAAAAAUGGUGAAAGAAGAGGUUGAGAGGGUGACAAACAACAGGAAAGAUAAUCAUAGACAUUAUAGAAGAAGAAAACGAAUCACGGAGAGAUGACGGUCAUUAAUAUUAUCUUCAGAGUCGAAGAAAUUUGCAAGAAGUACGACAAGUACGACGUCGACAAGCAGCGCGAGCUCGGCGCGUCCGGCGACGAUGCCUUCUCCCGCCUCUUCAACUCCAUUGAUACCGAUAUUGAAUCGGUUGUACAUAAAGCGGAGUUGGCAUCAACAGAGACCAAUAGAGCUGCAGCUGUGGCCUUGAAUGCUGAGGUUCGAAGGACGAAAGCGCGUUUAGCUGAAGAUGUUGUUAAACUGCAGAAACUGGCCGUUAAAAAGGUGAAAGGGCUUACAAAAGAGGAACGAGAGUCCCGAUGUGAUCUAGUUAUCGCGCUAGCCGAUAGGAUUCAAGUGAUACCUGACGGACAUGAAAGACAAGCUAAUAGUGAAUGGGGAGGUGCUUCUGCCCCCAACAAGAACAUCAAGUUUGAUAUAUCUGAGGAAGACAUGGAUGAUGGGUUCUUCCAGCAAACUGAAGAAUCCAGCCAGUUUCGACAAGAAUAUGAAAUGAGAAGAAAGAAGCAGGACGAGGGCCUUGAUGUUAUAUCAGAAGGUUUGGACGCACUGAAGAACUUAGCACGUGACAUGAACGAGGAACUUGACAAGCAAGUCCCAUUGAUGGAUGAAAUGGAAACAAAGGUUGAUGGAGCAACUUCGGAUUUGAAGAACACCAAUGUUCGGCUCAAGCAACAGCUUGUAAAGAUGAGAUCGAGCCGCAACUUCUGCAUCGACAUUAUUCUUCUCUGUGUGGUCCUUGGAAUCAUCUCUUACAUCUAUAAUGCUCUGAACUAAAGUUGGUGACGGCAUCUACCGACAUUCUCAUUGCCAUUGUGAAGCCUCUGGUAACUUCUUAACCAAAGUAAUAAUAGUCAUUUCUUGGAGAGCAAGCAAACAAGAUUUUUUCACAAGCUUUUACCAUAUGUAUACAGUUUUAAGGAAUUAUUCUUGGCAAAAAAUAAAUAAAUAUAUAUUUACACAAGUUCGCUGUUGUAAUUGUGCUUGUUUUGUUGGGCGAUUUAUUUUUGUUGAAUCAGAAUGUUUUAGCUUUUCCAAGUGUCAUGAAUUUGUAAGAGCAUCUCCAACUCAUUGUUAUUUACACCAUUAUAAUAGCAUUUAAAUGUGAAAUUGCUUCAACCCACCUCUAUUUCUUCAUCUAUAAUAGAGAUCUCUA